UUGGUAGUGGACGGGGCUGACAUAACUGACCGUCGGCAUGUAGGAGUAAUAGAAGCUGCCGUAGAGGAAAAUGGAGACCCAGAGCAGUAACAGCAGCACGCAGAACAAAAUGGCCGUCUGUAGGACCGUGCGACGCACUCGCAGCAUCAGCAAGGAGGCGACUUCUUGGACCCACACCAAGAACGGUCCGGGACUGGCCGACAUGGCGGCGGUUGGCGCGGGAUCCAAGGAGAGUUAAGUCGAUGCGUUUAGAGAUCAACCCCCGCGGCGAGUGUCCGCGGUUUGGUACCGCGGGGAAAAGCCGAGCGAGGUUAACGGGAGUUCCUUACGCCAACGGUGAAGGGAUUUUAAGGAAAAAAAACAAGGAAAGCUUCGUCGUGAAUUUUAAAUCUGGGAGUCAAAAGCUUUCUCCGCAGGCGGAAAGGACCGGAGGGAAGACGGGACGCUGGUACAUCGCGGUUUUCGGAAAGCGGUUUUGGCUUCAUGAGAAAAACAGUCGGAACAUGCUGGAUGGGGAGGGAAGGUGGGGCAAUAAGUCGCCUCCUCUUAGGAAAUUAGGCUGUUCUUUAGACGCCGCUCCGCAGGGCACAGAAGGUUCCU